AGAACCGAUGAUAUCCGUUACCGGCGAUGAGUUGAGUUGUUGUCGUACUACUCGUCCAUGAAGAUCGGAGAGAAUGGAAACCAGCGGAGCUGGACGAAGAUUGCUCUGAGUUCGCUCUCAGCUAUGGUGGCUGAGACGACUACAUUCCCCAUUGACUUAACGAAAACCAGGCUUCAGCUUCACGGCCAAUCUCUUUCCUCUUCUCGCUCCACCAACGCCUUUAGAUUGGCAUCGGAAAUCGUACGGAGCGAGCAAGGGUUUCUGGGUCUCUACAAGGGUUUGUCACCCGCCAUUAUCAGACACCUUUUCUAUACCCCAAUUCGCAUAGUUGGCUAUGAGCAUUUCAGAAACAUUUUAGGAGGAACUGAUGCUGAUUCUCUUUCUCUCUCUUCAAAAGCUCUCAUCGGUGGUCUUUCUGGUGUUAUUGCUCAGGUAGUAGCAAGCCCUGCUGAUCUUGUUAAGGUGAGAAUGCAAGCCGAUGGUCGUUUGGUCAGUGAAGGCCUUGGGCGUAGGUACUCGGGACCCUUUGAUGCUUUAAACAAGAUUGUUCAUUCAGAAGGAUUUGGAGGACUUUGGAGAGGGGUCUUUCCAAAUGUUCAAAGAGCAUUCUUGGUAAACAUGGGAGAAUUGGCUUGUUAUGACAGUGCAAAACAUUUUGUUAUCCGGAACAGGAUUUGUGAGGAUAACAUUUAUGCUCAUACUUUAGCCUCUGUAAUGUCAGGUCUUUCAGCCACCGCUUUGAGUUGUCCUGCUGAUGUAGUCAAGACAAGAAUGAUGAAUCAGAUUGAGGGGGUUGUUGUGUACAGGAAUUCUUAUGAUUGUUUGGUUAAGACUGUUAAAAUUGAAGGGCUUAAAGCACUUUGGAAAGGUUUCUUUCCCACAUGGGCUAGGCUUGGUCCUUGGCAAUUUGUCUUCUGGUUGUCAUAUGAGAAGUUUAGGAAAAUUUCUGGGUUUUCUUCUUUCUGAUGAAAUUAAUUAAAACCUUUUACCAA